AUGAUUGGUAAAGAUGCCUCUACACAAAGCCUUGGCAUUAUCCCUUGUGCAAUCUCUUGGCUUUUCAAGCUAAUCAAUGAGCGGAGAGAAAAGACCGGCACUCGCUUCUCAGUCCGAGUAUCUGCUGUGGAAAUCUAUGGCAAGGACGAAAACCUUAAAGAUCUGUUAGCUGAAGUAGCCACUGGUAGCCUUCAAGAUGGUCAAUCCCCAGGAGUCUAUCUCCGAGAAGAUCCAAUAUGCGGCACUCAGCUUCAAAACCAGAGUGAGCUGAGAGCCCCCGCAGCAGAGAAAGCCGCUCACUUUCUCGAUGCAGCCCUAGCGGCAAGAAGUACCAGUAAGCCAGAUUGUGAUGAAGAAGAUAGAAGGAAUUCUCAUAUGCUUUUUACUCUUCACAUAUACCAGUAUAGGAUGGAGAAGAGUGGAAAAGGAGGAAUGUCUGGAGGACGCAGCCGUUUGCACCUUAUUGACCUUGGU